CACCUGUUGUUGGUUUGUUUUGUGGUGCAAACUGUUAUCAAACCGCAAACAGAUAACAUUUAAUUGCAGCAAAAUGAACAAAGCCAGCAAAAUCAUGCGACUGGUGCUACUGCAACUGAGGGGCUCCAAGGACAAGGUGGCCAAUGUCCAAAAUGCCGCCAGCAAAAUAGAGGCGGCGGUCAAGGAGCACAGCCCUCGAUUGAUCACUUUGCCCGAGUGCUUCAACGCUCCCUACGGCACCAAGUACUUCCGGGAGUAUUCCGAGACCAUUCCCGAUGGCUACACCUCGCAGCAGCUCUCCAGUUUGGCCAAGAAGCACCAGGUCUACAUCGUCGGCGGAACCAUUCCGGAACUGGGCGAGAACGAUGCCAUCUACAACACCUGCACCGUCUGGUCGCCCACCGGUGACCUGGUGGCCAAGCACCGCAAGAUGCACCUCUUCGACAUCGACGUCAAGGGCGGCAUUCGCUUCAAGGAAUCGGAAACGCUCUCCGCAGGCAAUCAAUUCACCACCAUCGACAUCGAUGGCCACAAGCUGGGCAUCGGCAUCUGCUACGACAUCCGAUUCGAGGAGAUGGCCAGGCUGUAUCGCAACGCAGGCUGCGAGAUGAUUAUCUAUCCGGCUGCCUUCAACAUGACCACGGGUCCUCUGCACUGGGAGCUCCUGCAGCGAGCUCGUGCCAAUGACAAUCAGUUGUUUGUGGUCACCACUUCGCCGGCGAGGGAUCCUAACGCCGAGUAUGUGGCCUACGGUCAUUCCAUGGUGGUGGAUCCCUGGGCCAAGGUGCAGCAAAGUGCCACCGAAGGCGAGGAAACUGUGGUGGCCGACAUCGACUUUUCCCUGGUGGAGCAAGUGCGCCAGCAGAUUCCCGUCUUUGGCCAACGACGCCUGGAUCUGUAUGCCACCGAAAGGAAGACCAAGUAA